AUGUUCAACUUCUAUGAGCCCAUGAUGGGGGGCCACUUCGAGGCGACCUAUCGGGCGUUCCCGCUCGCCUUCAUCGACAAGCAGAGCGCCGAGUACGGCGACAAAGUGAUCCUUCCACCCUCAGCGCUCGACCGGCUGGCGUCCCUGCACAUUGAGUACCCCAUGCUGUUCAAGGUGGAGAAUGGUGCCACGGGACGCUUCACACAUUGUGGCGUGCUGGAGUUCAUUGCGCAGGAAGGCCAUGUCUACCUGCCGCGCUGGAUGAUGCAGAACCUGCUUUUGACGGAGGGCCAGGCCGUCAAGUUCCGCAACAUCUCCCUGCCCAAGGGCUCCUACGUGAAGCUGCAGCCUGUGACCUCCGACUUCCUUGACAUCUCAAACCCCAAAGCCGUGCUGGAGCGCACCCUACGCAGCUACAGCUGCCUCACGGUCAAUGACUGUUUCGUGUUCCACUACAACAACAAGGUCUGCGGUUGUGGGGACUACGAAAUUGAGGUGCGCGAGGCCAAACCUGCCGAAGCCAUCUCCAUUAUCGAGACAGACUGCCAGGUGGAGUUUGAGGCACCCAAGGACUACAAGGAGCCGCAGCGCGUGCCCCCACCCGCCCCCGCCCCACAACCCGCUCCCGCUGCUGCCGCCGGCCCCGCGCCUGAGGAGGAGCAGGAGCAGCAGCCUGCGUUCACGGCGUUUGUGGGCCAGGGGCGGCGGCUCGACGGUAAGGCGGCCAGCAGCUCUCCCUCACCCGCGGGAGGCCCGGCGGCGGCCGCUGCCGCGCGGGCGGCCGCUGCUGGAGCAGCAGCGGGUGCGAGCACAAGCGGCGGCGGCAGCAAGCCAGCCGGCGGGACCGGUAGCAGCGGGGGUGACGGCGGGCCGCGGUCCAAGGCAGGGACGUUUGUGAGCACGGGCAACCGCCUGCUGGACAAGCUGCAGCGGGAAAAGUUGCAGCAGCAAGGCGGCGCGCCGGCCCCUGCGGCGCCCGCGGCUGCUCCGGCUGAGGAGCCCAAGGAGCCGGAAGCCCCCAAGUUUCAGGCCUUCAAGGGCAAGGGCUACUCACUGAAGGGAUGA